AACGCACGCGGCGGCUCUCUCGAGAGGGGCGCGCACACCACUGUACACCGACGACGUUUUCCGCGGUCGCGAGUGUCGCACACCAUACAUCACAAAAAUAUCUCCUCUGCGGCGCGUGUACGUUUCCGUUUUUGAUCCUCCGUCGCGCCGUCGUACGCUCGCGAAGAUCGCGUCUUUCCGUCCGUCGGUUCGAUCGGUGACUCGCGAUUUUUAUGUGAUCUCUUAGUGACGAGCUCGGUCCGACCGGAAGUAUAGUCGCAUUCGACACUAUGCGGCCGGCCGCGGCGUUCGGCAAACCGUUCACUUACCUGGCGGCCUCGCCCGCCGCCGCCGAUCACCGUCCGCCGCAGCAACAACUGCAAACGCCCGUACCGGCAUCCGUCUUGCACACGUUUUCCGGCACUGGUGGUGGCGCCAGCAGUGGCGCUCCAACGCCACCGGUCAGGACGUCCACAGCUACAGGGCAAGGGACGACGGCGACGGGUAAACAGAAACCACCCCCUGUACCGCCUAGGGGUGAACAGACUAGACUGACCACUGUGCCGGCCAAGAGAUCUGCAGCGGGACCGGUCUGUGAGAAACCGGAACCGGCGACGGUGACCGCUCCGUCACCUCCUCCUCCGCCGCCGCCACCAUCGCCGCCUCGUACCGUCGUUUCGGAUGUAGACACUAACCUCCUACCACCACCGCCGCCUAUUAUACCACCGCCGGCGACCGUUGAACCGGCAACCACUAAACCAGUGAUCACUGAACCGGUGACCGCUGAACUGGACGAAGACUUAUCCGCUUCGGCGUUGAUCAGCAAGUUCGAAAGCGGAUGUACCGUCAAACCAACGGCAGUUAUCACCGGUACAACGGUCGACCAGAGGCUUCCUGUGGAAGUGGACUCGGGCACUUCCACGUUGGCCGAGAGCACAGACGAUGAUGACAAUGCCGACGACGAUGACGGAGAGGACGAUGGCGCAGCGGACAUAUGGGUGCGAACCAUUGAGUCGCCGGUUAAGAACGUACACCCGCAAAAGGUCCGACACCAUUCCGACAGCGCGAUAAAGGCGGUCACAGCCACGUCCUCGCCACCAACCGAGAAACGUGGUAGCCUGCCGGGUGAUGUGGCCGUGGACGAGAAGAGUUCAUCACCACCUGCCAAAGACUCGUCCAGGUCGUCAUUCCGGUUAUCGGCCGGUAGCCGGUGUUCGUCACCCGCACUGCUGGCCGUCAACAGCCAACAGAACAAGCAGCAAUCGUCUUCGGAUGGCAGAAAAAUCAGCGCGGCUGAGGCGCUCGGCGUGGUGGCUAAACCGUGUCCACGCAUACUUCCUUCGUCGGCGACGUUAGACGCAGCGUGCCGACGUCAAUCGCUGGGAAACCUCGCGGAAUCGCGGUUCGGCACGCUGCUCUCUUCGUCAGUGCGUUCGUCGUGGGCCCCGCCGUCGGGCGUCCAGACAGACGUCGAGUCGACUCAAAGCGAACCAUCGUUCGACUACAGGCGCAAAAAGUUUACGAAACGGUGCUCGAGCGCGGACGGCCGGAACCCUGUGCACCACCACCAUCACCACCAUCAUUACCACACCAUGCAGUCCGGAAGCCGAGCGGCGGCUGCCCGGGACCCGGACUUCGGUGCCAAACGGGCUUUUAUUCAGGAGAAGUUGCAGGCGGUUGGUACGAAGUUGCAGAACGCCGGUAUCGUGCCGUCCGGGUUGCCGCCCACGCCGCCACCGCCGGCUAUUUCGGCAUAUCACAUGCAACUGCACAACGGCGGUGUCGACUGCGGUAGGCCACCACGGUCGUCUACGUGCAAUUGUGGUCAGCACCAGGCCACGUCCAGGCCGAUGUUCAUUAACAAGCGUACUGCGUCCGCCGAAGAGUUGCUGCCGCCACCGGCCGCCGUCACCGUGGCCGAAGCCGAUCUGUUCACGGCCGCGGGGCGUCAGGUGUCCGCGUCGUCGUCAUCGUCGUCGUCCGGUGGCCGCGGUUCGUUUGGCCGUCCGCAACGCGUCACGUUCGCGCUUGACCAACACCAACAUCAGCUGUUAACGGCUGGCCGGCCGGCAGGCGGCGUUGAACCGGUGUCGUCGUCCUCGUCGUCCUCGUCGUCAGUCGUCAAAAAACCAUUCAAGAGCAAUUUAAAAGUCAAAGACGUCGGUUCAGCCGCUGCGCCCGAACUGAACGUUCUCGGAACUGGCGCCAUAAACACCAGAUUGCCGCCGCAACAUCCGCACCCAUACGGAUUGCCAUACAAGCUUCCGGCCGUUACUGCCGACGUUUUGCAGGGGAAAGGAAAUUCAGCUAUAAUGAAAUCCUUGCACAAGCCAAAGCAAUCGUCUUAUGGAGGUUCCCCGUCACCAGAUUUAAUGUUAAAAGAAGGAAAUCUUCGACGGAGUCGACCUCAGACAAGCGUACACGACGGUUGCGCUACUCUCAACGGCGGGGUGGGACGGCAUUCGUCUUCCGCAUCGUCGUCCGGCGUACAUUCGGACACGGCUGCCGAGACGGACAACACUCUGGUCUACAGAGACGGCAUUCUGUUAUCCGGCCCGUUAUCCAGUCUUAUUCAGCACUUGGUUCCCACCACAGAUUAUUACCCGGACCAAGCUUAUCUAUUCGCGUUCAUUCUCAGCUCCCGGCUAUUCGUGAAACCUCACGAACUGCUCGCUAAAGUCGUGGCUGUGUGUCAUGCACAGCAAAGGCUCGGUGAUCAAGUAUCGGCCGCUCUAAACCCUCUCCACAAGGAUCAGUUGUCGCGAUUCGUGCCCCGGUUGGUGCAACUGUUGGCCGAGUGGACGGACAAGUUUCCGUACGACUUCCGUGAUGAACGGGUCAUGGCGCACGUCCGAGAGAUCACACAUCAAUGCGUGUCCGUCGAACCAGCUGUCCGGCACCAGGUUUCUGCGAUGUUGCAGACGCUGUUGCACCGGCUCACAGCUCUCGACAAGUACGAGACUUUCCUGCAGCAGACUGGCACUGAUACCACAGUUGGAUCCGCUGAUGCCCUGUCACCGACAGACACGAUGGAGGUGUGUUCCAGCGCGUCGUUGCUUGGCCAACAGCUCACUCUCGUCGAGCUUGAAAGGCUUUCGUUCAUUGGGCCUGAAGAAUUUGUGCAGGCGUUCGCUAAGGACAGUCCGCACAUUGAUUCUUCUUUCAAAGACAUGAAAAAGACAAAAAAUCUCGAGUCGUAUGUCCACUGGUUCAACCGGCUCAGCUACUUAGUAGCAUCUGAAAUAUGCAAGCAUUCGAAAAAAAAGCAACGUGUAAAAACCAUCGAGUUCUGGAUUGAAACAGCCCGGGAGUGUUUUAACGUGGGAAACUUUAAUUCACUUAUGGCCAUCAUUGCAGGGCUAAACAUGUCGCCAAUAAGCAGGCUCAAAAAGACGUGGCACAAGGUGCAACAGUCCGCUAAAUUUACUAUACUGGAACAGUACAUGGACCCGUCUUCCAAUUUCAGUAGCUACCGAUCGACGCUCAAAGCGGCUCUGUGGAGGAGCGCCGGCGCCACUGAUCAGCGGCAGAGGGUUGUCAUACCGUUCUUUUCGUUGCUUGUCAAAGACAUUUACUUCCUGAACGAAGGAUGCCGUAAUAGGCUUGACAACGGCCACAUAAAUUUCGAAAAAUUUUGGCAACUGGCCAAGCAGGUGACGGAGUUCAUUACGUGGAAACAGGCGGCUUGCCCGUACGAGAAGAACGCCAAUCUCGUGUUGUUCCUCCUCACCACGCCAGUGCUCAACGAGAAAGCGCUCACAUUAUUGUCAUUCGAACGCGAACCGCCAGACAACAGCGUGGAAAAAGAACACUACAAAACCCUCAAGACUGCAUCGUAAUGUGCUGUAUUCUCAAUUUUUGUAUACACUUCUGGACUUUUAUUUUCCAUUUCUUCUAAAGUCUGUUUUAAUUUAUUUUUAUUUUUUUCAAAGCACAAAAAUGUGUAAAUGUUUUAUUUUUUUUUUUAAAUGUUCCAUCUUAGCAUUGACUUUUAUGAUGAUUAUUAUUAUUAUUGCACUAAAGGCUUCCAUAUUAGUGUCGCAUUUCGAAAUAAUGUAUAUUAUGUAUUUUUACGAAAUUUAAAAUGUUAAGGAAAACGAAUAAUUGUGUAUAAUUGAAUAGGUUGUAUUUUUAUAUUAUGUACUUAAGCCGAUUAUAUUUUAUCGAACGUACAAUUUCCACUCAUAUUAAGUUGUUCAAAUAUCGUCAGUAUUAUUUUCAAACAGACUAACAAGUUCCUCCUAAUCAAUUUGAUUUAAUUUAAUUUAUCU